AUGAACUCUGAGGUGCAGUGUCUCUCCCCCUACCUCAAGGAAAAAGACAAUCCUCAGACAGAAUUCAACCUUAAGAACCUGGUCCUCACCACUUUAAACCUGUUCUUUGCUGGGACGGAAACAGUCAGCUCCACACUGCGCUAUGGGUUUCUGCUUCUCAUGAAACAUCCAGAGGUGGGAGCCAAGGUCCAAGAGGAGAUUGAUCAAGUCAUUGGGCAACACAGAUUCCCCAAGGCAGAGGACCGGAUGCAGAUGCCAUACACUGAUGCAGUCAUCCAUGAGAUCCAGAGGAUUACAGACAUUGUGCCCAUGGGUGUCCCUCACACAGUCACACGAGACACCCACUUCCGAGGUUACAUCCUACCAAAGGGCACUGAUAUCUUCCCUCUCAUUGGCUCUGCUCUUCGAGAUCCUAAGUAUUUCUCAAAACCUGAAAUCUUCGAACCAAAGCAUUUUCUUGAUGAGCAGGGACGCUUCAAGAAGAACGAAGCCUUCGUGCCAUUUGCUUCUGGGAAACGUGUGUGUCUGGGGGAGGCCAUGGCCAGGAUGGAGCUCUUCCUCUACUUCACAGCCAUCUUGCAGAGCUUCUCCCUCCAAUCUCUGGUUCCCACCAGUGAGAUUGACAUCACCCCCAAGAUGUCUGGCUUUGGCAACGUCCCUCCCUCCUAUAAGCUUUGCAUUGUGGCCCGUUGA